AUGGCUCCUCGUGAAAAUAAACCAUCCAUCACUUUUGUGAAUAGUCUAAGCGCCGCAAAUCCAGGCUGGCAUUCUAGCACUAUCUCUUCCUGUGGUGAGCAACAUGUGGUUGUGACAUCGCGUCAGACUGCACAGCGUAAGGAGGGCACUUGGCCAACCACAUCUGAUGAUCAGGUCCAGCAAGCAGUGGAUACUCUCGCCAGUACGCUUAAGGCUGGCGGGGCUUCUGCAAAGGAUAUCGUGAAGCUGACGUUUUAUCCCGUGGAUUGGGCCACGGAACAAGCUGACGAUCUUCUGAGUCCAAUCUUGCAGCUCCUCAUAGAUAAGCAUGGCACAAGGCGCCACCUUCUGGUUACAACGGUACCCGUCUCUAAGCUUUCCUCUCCCGAGGCCAUGUUCGAGAUUGAGGCAAUUGCCUUGGUUGCGGGAGCCUCUUGGCCUUGGGAGGACACCCAGGACCUUCAUUCACCUGUACCUCCAGUAAAAGUCGAUGUUGUCGUGGUGGGAGGUGGGUUCUCUGGUUUGGCUGCUGCCUAUCAAUGUAAAGAAGCUGGUCUAGAUGCAGUUGUUCUAGAAGCAAAGUCUCGCAUUGGUGGCCGAAGCCGGAGCCAGCAACUCAACUCAGGCCCGGGUGUUGUUGAACUGGGUGCCACUUGGAUCAACAAAUUUACUCAGCCAGAAGUUUUUGCACUAACCCAGAAAUUCGGGUUAGAAUUGGCGGAGCAGUAUACUGAUGGCGAUGAAGUGUUUCAGCGACCUGAUGGCACAAUUAUCAGAAGUCUACAGGGCAGUAUGGGCAAUGGGCUGACUGAAGAAGAUCGCGAACAAGAAGCACUGUUGGUAGGGGCUCUGAUGGAGCGCCCCGAGACUCUGGAUAUACGCAAAUGGAGCGACUUUGCUCCGGAAGAGGACAUCACCCUUGCUGAAUGGGUAUCACAUCUAGGUUGCACCGGAGAUUAUGUUCAAAGCAUUGCCAGCCAUUUCUGCAGCGCGAUCCUGGGACGUGGCUCAGAUGUGGUCGGAGCUCAUUACUUCUUAGACUACGUCAAGUCUGGCAUGGGCUUUCUCAGUCUUGUGACCGAAGGAGAGAUGGGCGCACAGUCAUUGAAAGUAAAAAAGGGUACUUCUGAGAUUGCAUGUUCCCUUGGACGUGCUUUGCAACCGGGCUCUAUUCUUUUGAACACUCCGGUCGAUACAAUAUUGCAGCAUGGAGAGGAUUGUCAAGUCAACACCUCUACUGGAAUUUCUUUCAAGGCUCGCAAAGUGAUUCUGGCCAAUCCUACGAAUACUUAUUCUGAUAUUCGCUUUUCGCCUCCUCUUCCUGUGAAGAAGAUCGCACUCGUUUCGGACACAAAACCAGGUUAUUAUGCCAAAGUUGUCGCUUCAUAUCGAGAGCCAUGGUGGCGAAAUGCGGGUCUUAAUGGAAAGUUCAUAAGCCUCAAGGGUCCGAUCUGUUUUUCUUGGGAUACUUCUGAUCUGGACGAUGCCCAAUACUCUCUCGCAUUCUUUAUUGCUGGAGAUAUCGCUAAUCAGUGGAACCAGCUUCCUUCCCUUCAGCAGGAAGCAGCGGUCAUCAACCACUUGGCUGAAUUGGUCGGGACAGAACUGGCGGAUCAUGCUUAUAAUGUUUUGGAAAUCAACAUCGUGGAGUGGAAUAAGGAGGAAUACAUUUGGGGAGCACCGACAUCUGUAAUGGGGCCGACUAUGCUUUCCCAGUAUGGAGAAGAGCUUCGAAAGCCUUUCUUAAACUUACACUUUGCUGGUGGUGAAACUGCUUAUGAAUGGAAAGGCUAUCUUGAAGGUGCAAUCACUGCUGGAUACAGAGCUGCAGCAGAAGUUGUGAAGGUAUUGCAGCCGGAAGCAAAGAUUUAA